AUUUCAAACCCUCCUGCCACCUAUCUCCUCCCUCAUGUUGAACUUUCGGUUGGUGUGAGAGGAGCUUGGUCCACCGUCGAAAUCGAAGCCUCAUGGGAGAGUAGGGCCAGUUUGAUUCCUCAACUCCGUGAAAUUGAAGCCGCCAUGGGAGAGAUGGAUAAAAUAUAGCCAUGUUGAUUUUCCUGGCUUUUUCUUUCUCUUCAUAGGACUCACGAAAUCGAAGCCGCCAUGGGAGAGUCGGACCAGUUUGCUUCCUCCACUCUGCAAAAUUGAAGACGGCAUGGUAGAGAGGGAUCAUAUCUACACUAGAUUUUGCUUUCUUUUCCAUGGGAUUGAAACAAGAAGCAGGGUAAAGGGCUCACGAGGGAGUUGAAUCUGGAAGGGGAAACUGCUUGAUGGACCAGUUUUCUUCCUCAACUCACGAAGCCGCCAUGGGAGAUUCAGAUCAGAUGUCGCUGGUGGAGACUGCAAGGGAAGCCAUAAAUCACGCCAUGAAAGAGCCAGUAGAUGGAAGAAGGGGCACGUUCUCCUUCCUACGUAGCUCUUCCCAGGCCCGGCCGGCAUCUCCAUCUAUCGUGGUUGCUCACCAGCUGGACAAUUAUGAUUUCACGAAGCAACAGCACUCCUAUUCACAUGAUCAUUGAUGGAUCAUCAUAUCCUUAUGUAUCAAGCCGCCUUGGAAUUGUCAGAGAUCCUAUUUUCCAUCGGAAUCCAGUUUAGUGCUUUCAAGUUUAAUGUAAUUAUUCUGAUUGCCAUUUACUUAAUGAGAUUUGGGACAGGGAAAUUAGGUCAUCUAACCAAUUUGUUGGUUGAAUUUUCUAUGACGAUGUAUUGGGUCUUUAGGGUGCAUUAUAAUGGCU